UUCACGGGGACCGAAUAUUACACAACACCGGUCGUCUCAUGUUGAAUUUCGUUGUUUUUAUUCCUACAGGAAAUGCAGAAGCACUCUGUCCACGCGCUUGUGUUUCGUUCUUUGAAAAGGACACAUGAUAUGUUUGUAUCAGAUCAUGCAAAACCAGUAGCGCUGGACGAACAGAGCUACAAGACGAAGAUGACCGUGAUGAUGAGAGCAGAAUACAAACCAGUGUUACACAUGCCUGUGCUGAAAGAGGGCAGAGACAGAAGGCCACUCCACGCCUCUGACCCAUAUGGCCAGCCGGGAUACCCACUGCCUGACGCUGGUCCAGAUUACUUGGUGACAGGAGCUUAUCCGUAUCCAUCAUCUCCAGGAGUGGCCCUCACUGCAGAUACACAGAUACAGAAGAUGCCCAGUGAAGCAGGUGUUCACUCCAUGGCUCUGGCCCGUCCUCCCUCUCAAGCAAGGAAAGAAGCCAGUCGAACUGCAGCAAGUGUGGCAGAUAUCCACAAACAUGCAGGAGGUGCAGAGAGAUCUCAACCCCCACAACACGCGCUGUCUCUCAUGGAAGGAGGCACAAAGACUUCUACACUGGUGCCAAGAAAGGCUCCUACCAUGCCCAAACCUCAGUGGCAUCCACCAUGGAAACUGUACAGAGUCAUUAGUGGCCAUCUGGGCUGGGUCAGAUCUAUAGCAGUGGAGCCUGGAAACCAGUGGUUUGUGACUGGAUCGGCAGACAGAACUAUAAAGAUCUGGGAUCUUGCCAGCGGUAAGCUGAAGUUGUCUCUGACGGAUCACAUCAGCACGGUGAGAGGGGUGGCUGUCAGCACACGCAGCCCUUACCUCUUCUCCUGCGGGGAGGACAAGCAGGUUAAAUGCUGGGAUCUAGAGUAUGACAAGGUUAUUAGGCACUAUCACGGUCAUCUGAGUGCAGUGUAUGACCUUGACCUCCAUCCUACCAUUGACGUACUGGUGACCUGUAGUCGAGAUGCCACAGCGAGAGUUUGGGACAUCAGGACCAAGGCAAAUGUCCACACCCUUUCUGGACACACCAACACAGUGGCUACAGUCAAAUGUCAAAGUGCCGAGCCACAGGUGAUUACAGGAAGUCAUGACACCACCAUAAGACUCUGGGAUCUGGUUGCUGGCAAAACAAGAGCCACGCUGACAAACCACAAGAAGUCUGUCAGAGCAUUGGUGCUCCAUCCCAGACAGUACACCUUUGCCUCUGGUUCUCCAGACAACAUUAAGCAGUGGAAAUGUCCUGAUGGGAACUUCAUCCAAAAUCUUUCAGGACACAAUGCUAUUAUCAACACACUGGCUGUCAAUUCAGAUGGAGUUCUGGUGUCAGGAGGUGAAAUGCUCUCACUCUUUUUAUGUUGCAAAGCCAGUCCUGCUAAAAAUCUGUUUUAUGUAAACAAUGUUGAAUUUUGUCUUCUACAUUUGUUCCCCUUUUUUUCUUUAUACCUUCUCUUACAUACCAUUGUUGCAUCUGUCCUUGGUUAUCCUUUUUUCACACCAGCUGAUAACGGCACUAUUCACAUGUGGGACUGGAGGACUGGCUACAACUUCCAGAGGAUUCAUGCAGCAGUGCAGCCUGGUUCUCUGGACAGCGAGUCUGGGAUCUUUGCGUGUGUGUUCGAUCAGUCUGAGAGUCGGCUCAUAACAGCAGAGGCUGACAAAACCAUUAAGGUCUACAAAGAGGAUGACACAGCUACUGAAGAAUCCCACCCGGUUAAUUGGAAACCUGAGAUUCUGAAGAGAAAAAGAUUUAAAUUUUUGCUGGGUUUUUUUCUGUUUUUGAAACCUUUCAUUUUGUUACAUUUUAGCCAGCUGAUUUCUAACAGUUUCUGCUUAAGGCAUAAACGUAAACAGCACAUUCACAAUUUAAGUGAAGUCAGGAGACUUAAGAUCAGAUGAGACAUUUAGCUUUGUUCUACCCAUUUAAAGAAAAAAAAAAGAACAUUGCUGUUGUAUACAUUUCUUGUAUACACUGUUUCUUCCCUGUCUACUCUAAACAGCAUAAGCAGGUCUGUGUGACCAGGCCUGCCAAUUAUUCAUUCAAAAAGGCAAGAAAUCCUACAGUCUAAUUACAACGUCAAAUGUUCUUUUUCACAUCUGAUCAUUAUUGCUGCUCUAUCAGAGACACAAACAAAACAACUUUGUAAAUAUUUGCAAACGAUGGCUGUUUAUGGUUUGCCAAGUUUAAAUAAACUGAGCAGUUGACACAUUCAUAAUUUGACAUUUUUUGACAAUUUACAACAAAUCCCUAUGAAUUAAUAAAAAACUCUCUGUACCAUAGAUUUUGUCUUGAAAAUUGUACUAUGUUUCCU